AUGAAAAAGCUUUUCAAGUCGGCGGACAACAACUCCAGCCGGAGCGCUGGCCGCUCUGAGGUCGGCGAGUCGGCCUCCCGCGACAGCCUCGACCAGCCAUCUGCUGCCGGACCACCGCCAGACGAGACGACACGCCUGCUGCCGAACCGCAUCGACAGCAACCACGCAGGCUACCUGAGCCCGGAUGACCCGGCCGUGUCGCCCUACAAUUUGUUUUCCGUCCGCGCCACCCACUAUUUCACAGGCUUCCUCCUCUUCCUCACCUCGGUCUGGUGGAUCUUGCUGCUGGUGUCGCUCUUUGUCACGCCGCCGGGCUUCCAGACACGCGGCUCGCCCUUUACGGCGUUCGCCUAUGCCACCGUCGCGCUGACCAGCCUCGCCGUCAGCCUCCUGUUCUUUGCGGCGCCGUCCAAGUCUGUGCGUGUCAUCACGGGCAUCGUCGCCUUGUUCUUGUUCGUCAACACCAUCGUCACGGCCGCCGUCGAGCGCACCCGGCACGAAGAGGGCUGGGUCGGCAUCACCAGUGUCGCCUGGGCGCUGGCCAUGGCCGUGUGGACCAUUGUUGCCGACCGCACGGUGCAGUGGGGCAAGCGCGAAGAGGAGGAGCGCCUGACCGGCCGUCCGGAGUCGCGCCGCACGUUGCUCGAGUGGAUUGAGGUGUCCGUGUCGAGCAUUGCGCUGCUGGUCCUCUGCGUCGUCACGGGCCUGUUGCUUUGCACCUUGAUUCUGCGCUCGGUCGACGCCGGCCUGGCGCCGCUCGGCCACCGGUACUGGGUGGACGGCGACAAGUACGAGAUUCACUUGUACUGCCACGGCACCAAGUCCAAGGAGCACCUGCCGACCGUGCUCUUUGAGGGCGGCGAGGGCCCCGUCGAGAACGGCCUGUGGCAGUUUGCGCAGAAUGCCGUCCAGAACGGUUCCAUCAACCGCUACUGCUUCGCGGACCGCCCCGGGCUCGGCUGGAGCGACACGGCGCCGUCGCCGUUCUCGGCCGGCCAGGCCACCGAGGCGCUGAGUGAGGCGCUGGCGCGGGCGGGCGAGACGGGGCCCUGGGUGCUGGUCGGCGCCGGCAUCGGCUCCAUCUACUCGCGCGUUUUCUCGUCGCGCCACGGCGCCGAGAUCGAGGGCCUGCUGCUGGUCGACCCGCUGCACGAGGAUCUGCUGGAGCGAGUCGGCGCCUCCGGCCGCGGCUUCGGUCUGUGGCUGCGCGGCGUCCUCUCGCCGCUCGGCCUCGAUCGCAUCCCCGGCGCCCUCUUCAAGGGCCGCACCCGCGAGGACCGUGUCUGGGGCCGCGCGGCCUACCAGAGCAGCAAGGCCAUCUUUGCCAAGCUCCAGGAGAGCCUCGUGGCCAACUCGCUCACCAAGCGCGACGCCACCACCAGCCGCGCCAUCCAGUACCAGGACACGCCGCUCGUCCUCGUCUCGUCGGGGGUUCAGAUCAAGCGCGACAAGGCCUGGGAGGACAAGCAAAAGGACCUCAGCAAGCUGACGCACACGCUGGUGAGCUGGGACAUUGUCGAGGACGCGCCGCACGAGAUCUGGCGGACAAUCGAGGGCCGCGAGGUGAUUGAGAAGCGGCUGAAGAAGCUGGUGCGCCGACAGUUAAAGCGUCCAAGCACGGUCGAGGCAGGCGAGAAGGAGGAGCUGGUCGCGGACCAGUGA